GAGCGAGAAAAUAAAUGAUACUUGUAAAAGAUAAAAAAGGAUUGAUAUUGUUCACUAAAAUUAUGAAUCAUAUCUUUGUGCUCAGCCGAAAAAAUAUUGCUGCAUAAAUUAUUGUUAUAUUAUUCGAUUGAUUAAAAUCAUUGUUACAUGUGUUAUUAUAUUAUUAUAAUAUUCAAUUGAUUAAUCAAGAAACAAGAAUAUUGAAAGGAAAAAAGCAUCAUGGUGAGUGUAAUAGACAUUAAUAACACAAAUGAGCAUAUCGAUAUUAAUAAUAGACGAACGGACAUUGAUAAUUCUAUUGAAUUAACCAAUGUUAAUAAUAUCAUGAAUGAACAAAUGGACAUUGACAAUAAACACAUAUCAACAUGUGUGGACAUCAGGAGAACAUCCCGCAUCGCCGAAGAGGAGAAAUGGGAACGAAAUGGAGUAAUUUAUCAAAUAUUGAUGGGCUUAUGUGCCAAUGUUGUCGUGCUGACUCCGGGAAUGGGAGUUGGUUACUAUGGCGUGGCACAACCUGCGAUGACAGCUCCAAAAACCGACGAUUUACAACUCGACGCUAAUCAAGCAAAUUGGGCGGCUACUACAUUUGCGUUGACUAUACCCCUCGGUUGUUUACUCACGAGCCCUGUGAUGGAACGAGGAAGAAAACUCAGUAUGGUCAUGGCGUCGUUAAUCUCAGUGGCGGGUUGGGUGACCAUUUACUUGGCGAAAAGUUACGAGGUGCUUCUUGUGGGGAGUUCGAUUUCCGGUAUAUCUACGGGCAUGGCAGCUGCUCCAGCGACGAUAUACGCAGCAGAAAUCGCGGAACCGAAGUGGCGAGGUACGAUGGUCACGUGGACUAGCCUCUAUUUCUCUAUCGGUGGUCUUCUGGUUUACAUCUUUGGAUAUAUUUUCAAGAAUGACUGGCGCUUAGUGGCUUUGAUGUGCGCCAUAUUUCCAGUGGUGUCGAUUGCUCUGACAUUGCUAGUGAUGCCCGAGUCACCGUUAUGGCUUCGAGACCAAAAUCGGCCCGAGGAAGCGCUGAAGAUCAUGAAAAAAUUUCGUGGCAUACCAAAAGACCAACCGGCUCCGGCGGAAGUUCUAUUCGAGCUGAAGCCACAGUCGCAGGAGAAGGAUCGGAAUCUGCUAAAACACCUGAUGAAGAGGAGUUCUCUGGUGCCAUUUGUCAUAAUGAACAGCUAUUUCCUCUUUCAGCAAUUCUCUGGAACCUUUCUUGUCACGUACAAUGUUGUCACAAUUAUGGAGAAAUCUGGAAUCCAGAUAGAUCCUUACAUCGGUGCCAUUCUGAUAGGCGUCGCACGCCUCAUAGCUAGUUUUCUAGCGACAGAAGUGUGCCGAAGAUUAGGUGUACGAAUACCAUCGAUAAUUUCCGGAAUCGGAAUGACGAUUUUUAUAGGUGGUCUAUCACUCUAUCUUUUCCUAGCCGAGAAAGGAACUGUCAUAUCAGAUAAAGGCAUAAUCCCAACAACAUGCAUGAUGCUGUUUAUCUUUACGAAUACUUUGGGUUACCUGACAAUCCCGUUCGCCAUGGUGGGCGAAAUAUAUCCGUCCAAAGUCAAAGAUAUACUGUCCAACGUGACAGUCUCUAUAUGUUACUUGGUCAGUGCGAUAACCGUCAAGAUAUACCCGGAUAUGGAGAGAUUGAUGCACAUGUACGGCGUAUAUUUCUUCUUCGGUAUUGUCUCCCUUAUCGGUUUAAUAUUCAUCAUAUUUUUCUUGCCCGAGACGAAGGGAAAGACUUUGAGCGAGAUCGAGGAUAUGUUCUCCAAGAAGAAGGUCUCUGAAUUAUCAGCGGAAAAAGUAGUCGGAGAAAUUCCCAGUAUUCCAAACCGUGUCGAUUCUCUAGAAAAUUAAAAAAAAUUGUUUUUAAGUGUUAAAAAAUAAAGCAUGGUUCGAAAUUAAUAUUAAAUAUCCGAAGAAAGUCGAAAUCAAACUGCACUGUGAAAAUUGUGAAGUUGAAAUAAACGUUAUGUCGUUUUGUCAUGCUUCGAAUCGCAAUGAUUUAAAAGGUAUAAUUAAAAUAAUGAAAUAACUCAAUGUUUAUUUCAAAUGCGAGAUCUCUUCUUAAUGUUGUAUACUUUAUAAAGACUUAAAAAAGAAAAAAGCUGUAGAAAUAUAUUAAUGUUUACAAAGAGAAAACUUAUUGCAAGAGAAUCAUAACGUAAAUAUUGUUAUAUAUAUCUAAAACUUAGCUUCAUAUGCUAAUGUGUUCGUAAAUGCUAUGUAAAUUUAAAAAUUAAAUUUGUAUUAGUCUGCAAAAAAGAUUCGUAAAGAUCUCUCGAAAAAGAUAAGACGAUAAUAUAUCGAAUUAUUUUAUUAAAAUCGAUUAUAUAUUUACAGUUUAAGAACGUUUUGACCGGAGUUAUAUCUUUGAGAGAAUUAAAGUUCAAGAUUCCAUAAUA